AUGGGUAAUGAACAUAGUGGAGUUUCAGCCUUAGAUAAUCAUUUAUUCAAUCUUCGUUUUGCGGCAAAGGAACUUGUCCGAAAUUCAAAAAAAUGUGAAAAGGAAGAGAAGGAUGAAAAGAAUAAAUUAGUGGCUGCUUUAAAAAAGGGUCAGAAGGAAGUUGCUCAAGUACAUGCUGAAAAUGCAAUUAGAAAGAAAAAUGAAGCAAUUAAUUAUUUAAGAAUGUCAGCAAGAAUUGAUGCUGUGGCUGCUCGAGUACAAACUGCUGCUACACAAAAAAGAGUUACACAAUCAAUGUCUGGUGUUGUAAAAGCAAUGGAAUCAGCCAUGAAAAGUAUGGAUUUAGAGAAGGUACAAAAUUUAAUGGAUAGAUUUGAGAGAGAUUUUGAAAAUAUGGAUGUUACAACUGCAACAAUGGAUAAUGCUAUGAGUGCCACAUCUACUCUUAAUGUACCACAGGGUGAUGUUGAUAUGUUAAUGAAAGAAGCUAGUGAUCAAGCUGGUAUUGAAUUAAAUAUGGAAUUACCUUCUGGAGAGACAGGAACAAUUGGAACAAAAGUUUCAACUCCUGCUGAAAAUGAUGAUCUAUCACAGAGAUUAGCUGCUCUUAGACAAUCAUAA